AUGGUCGCUACAACCACCGCUCUCGUUUUCGCUGCUGUUGCCACGCUAGCAACCUCGGGCGUCGACGCUCACGGCACGCUGGUCAAGCCUGGGCUCAAGUUCACGGGGGAAGGCUACGGUGGCAACUUCGCCGCGUUGGUGCCCAUGACAGCGCUAACACCCCAGCAGGGCGACAUCUUCACCAACUAUCCUGAUGCAGGACUGAAUGCUGCGGCAUUUGGUCGUGCCUUCAAGGCAUCCAAGUACAAGUCACUCAAGGAAUUUCUGCUGACCAACCAGGAUAUGAGCAAGGGCCGCAAUACCAUGCCCAAGACCCCCGAGUGCGGUUUCACGGAUCCCACCGGUGGCCCUGUUCAACCGCUGCCUGACCAGUGCGAAUGGUAUGGCGGCAAGAUGAACCACCCCGGGCCAUGUGAGAUAUGGUGCGACGACGAGAUUGUCUUGCCAUUUACUGUCAACUGCGCCGACACGUAUCCGGAUGGUAAAUUCCCGUACAAGAAGGCCAUGUGUGAAGGCAAAAAGCGCCUUACGAUGUACUGGAUGUCAACGCUACUCGAGUGGCAAGUAUACAUCGAUUGCGCCAAGAUCGGUGAAGGUGGUCCGCCGGCUUCUGCAAGCACGACGACCACGAGUAAGGGUGCCACCCCGGCGACCCCAUCAGGUGAUUCGUCGGGUGCAGCGUCAAAUUCAACACAAGGUGGGGCGCCAAUGCAGCAAAACUACAAUGCAGAUAACAUUGGAGGUGAGGCGAGCUUGACGACCAAGCCACAGUGCAAGCGCAAAUUGCGUCUUGAUGAUGAAUAA